CCGCGUUGACGGCAAGAAUUUUCCCGGAAAAUAACUCAUUUUUCCUUUUGAUUGCAGAGAAAAUAAAAAACAAAGAGAAAGUCUUCCCCUUUUUUUGUCAAGUCCUCGUCUUUUACUAGUGUAUACGAUCCAACCCAUCUUUCUGUCUUUCUUCUUUUUGUUUACUUCUUCUGCAAAUUCCCUUUUCCCGGAAAAUUUAUUUGCUGAUUUUUCUUCCUUCCAUCGCCACUUUCCUGGAAAAAAAAACUAAAUUUCGUCUCUUUCUUUAAGCUAAAGGAGCUUUCUGUGAUCAAUUUUUUCUAUAUUUCUGUAGUUGCGUUCUUAUUUCACGCGCUUUGUGAUUUGAUUAUUUAAGCCACUAAUGGCUUAGGAUCUGUAUAUUAUCACUUCAUGAAUUCUCGUUUUCUCGGAUAAGUUGUUAAGUUUCUAAAUUAGGGAAUUUUAGGAAUUAGGGCUUUUUUGGGUUUGUAUGUGUGCUUGAUUGGGUAAGAAGAUGGCUGCAGUUAUAAGAAAGUUAUUACCUUUCCCAUCACCGAAUCCUAAAAGGGAUAAUCGAGAAAGUGACGAUGAUGAUGAAACAAGUAGUGGCUAUCGAAUCGAAUAUUCAUUCGCCAGUGAGUAUAAAGGUCCUCUUAUUGCUAAUGUGCCACGAGCUCUUCCCGUUGAAGUUGAUCAGAUUCCUACGGCUCUUCCCGUUUCCUUUUCUUCCUUGCGGAGUGGUAUCUCUUACCCAGUGGCACCUCUCGUUAUGACUAAGGAUACCAAGAGACCACCUGAUUCUGGAAUAGAGAAGAAGAACGGUUUCGUUGACUCUGCAGCUGGUUCUAGUGUGGUUUUGAUAGGGCGUGAUGUUGUUUCUGGCUCAUCAUCAUCAUCAUCAUCAAAGAGGUUGGAUGUACCAGAAGAAGUGAAAAGUCCUGCUGAUUUUCGGUUAUCACCAUCAUCACCAUUGUCUGCAUCAGCGAGAGAGGAGGAUCACUUAGAUGAUGACAGAGUUUCGGAUGUGGGACCUAGAGCAGUGAGAUUCGUUGAACCUUUUCAGAGUAGUGAAUGUGAUGAGAGCUCCUAUGUUUCUGAUGGAGAAAGUAUAGCUGCAACGCAUAGAGCUGAAAGGAAAGGUAAAAGAGGAUCGUGUUACCGGUGCCAGUUGGGGAACCGGUUUACUGAGAAGGAAGUCUGUAUUGUCUGCGAUGCCAAAUACUGUUUCAACUGUGUGCGCAGAGCCAUGGGUGCGAUGCCCGAAGGAAGAAAGUGUCAAGCUUGCAUUGGUUAUAGGAUUGAUGAGUCCAAGAGAGCAAGUCUCGGAAAGUGUUCAAGAAUGCUCAAGCGCCAUCUCACGGAUUCUGAACUUCGACAAGUCAUGAAUGCCGAGAUCACCUGCAAGGCGAAUCAAUUGCCUUCACGACUUAUCAUUGUCAAUGACAAGCCUUUAAGUGAAGAUGAGCUUUACACGUUGCAGACAUGUCCAAAUCCACCCAAGAAGCUAAAACCCGGACACUAUUGGUAUGAUAAGGUUGCUGGCUACUGGGGAAAGAUAGGAGAGAAACCUAGUCAGAUUAUAAGUCCUAACAACAGCAUAGGAGGAUACAUCAGUGAGAAAGUAAGCAAUGGAGACACUGAAAUUUAUAUUAAUGGCCGGGAAAUAACCAAGCCAGAGCUCACGAUGCUCAAGUGGGCGGGGGUGCAAUGUGAAGGAAAACCUCAUUUUUGGGUCGAUUCAGAUGGUUCUUACCGAGAAGAAGGUCAAAAGCAUCCCAUCGGGAACAUCUGGAGUAAGAAGAGAGCAAAAAUUGCUUGCGCUGUGUUCUCUCUGCCAGUUCCUCCGGCUUCGUCUGCAGUAGAACCAUAUGAUGUGCCCUUAUAUGAGCAGAAGAUGCUUAACAAGCUUCUUUUGAUUGGUAGCGAAAAAGGUGGCGCCACUACAAUUUACAAACAAGCAAGGUCUCUCUACAACGUCUCAUUCUCUUUAGAAGACCGUGAAAGAAUCAAAUUCAUAAUCCAAACAAAUCUCUAUACCUAUCUGGCAAUGGUUCUUGAGGCACAUGAAAGAUUUGAAAAAGAGAUGAGCAAUGACCAGUCUUCAGGCAAUGUGGGAGAUGAAACCAGUGCAAAACCAGGUAACUCGAUCAACCCGAGACUAAAACAUUUUUCAGAUUGGGUUUUGAAAGAAAAGGAAGACGGAAACCUGAAGAUAUUUCCACCAUCAAGCCGUGAGAAUGCUCAAACCGUUGCAGAUCUCUGGAGAGUACCAGCUAUUCAAGCCACCUACAAAAGACUUCGCGAUACACUUCCCAGGAACGCCGUUUAUUUUCUUGAAAGAAUUCUUGAGAUCUCGAGAUCAGAAUACGAUCCUUCUGAUAUGGACAUAUUGCAAGCGGAAGGACUCUCCUCUAUGGAAGGACUUUCUUGUGUGGACUUCUCAUUCCCAUCAACUUCUCAAGAAGAGUCUCUUGAGAGCGAUUAUCAACAUGAUACAGACAUGAAGUACCAACUCAUCCGGCUAAAUCCGAGAAGCCUUGGUGAAAACUGGAAAUUGCUGGAAAUGUUUGAAGACGCUGACUUGGUGAUAUUUUGUGUCUCACUAACAGACUAUGCAGAAAACAUAGAAGACGGUGAGGGGAAUAUUGUGAACAAGAUGCUUGCAACCAAACAGCUUUUCGAGAACAUGGUGACUCACCCGAGCCUAGCUAACAAAAGGUUUCUUUUGGUUCUAACCAAAUUUGAUCUCCUAGAAGAAAAGAUCGAAGAGGUUCCUCUAAGAACCUGUGAGUGGUUUGAAGACUUCAACCCAUUGAUCAGCCAGAACCAGACGAGCAGACACAACCCUCCAAUGGCUCAGCGUGCUUUCCAUUACAUUGGAUAUAAGUUCAAGAGACUCUAUGACUCAAUCUUGGAACCCGUAAAUAUGCGUGGAAGGAGCUUUAAGCCAAAAUUGUUUGUUUGUCAAGUGAGCUUGGAGAGUGAUACUGUGGACAAUGCACUGAGGUAUGCGAGAGAGAUUCUCAAGUGGCAUGUUGAAGAAACUUCCAUGUUCCAAGAGAUGUCUACUACUAGCAUAGAGGCCAGCUCGUCCUCUUGAUAUUUUUUCCUAAAAUUCUUUCUUUCUUUGUGGAAAUUACAUAAGUUUGUUUCUCUCUCUGUGUGUAUGUUUGUUGUAUAUGUAGUAGUGUGAAGAUACAUUCAUGUGAUUGAUUUUUCAGGGGAAAAAAAAUAGAGAAAUAAUAAAGUGAAUUUUCCCGGUUUAA